GAAAGUAGAAUUUUCAUUUUUCAAUCACAGAAAUCAUCCAUCAGUCAAUAGUACGUCUUUGAAGCAUCUCUCUCGCCUUCAAUUUUCGAAAGGAUCAACAGUUAAAAGGAAAAUGGGGCUUUCAUUUGCAAAGCUUUUCAGCCGGCUUUUCGCCAAGAAGGAGAUGCGAAUCCUUAUGGUUGGUCUUGAUGCUGCUGGUAAGACCACCAUUUUGUACAAGCUCAAGCUUGGUGAGAUUGUUACCACCAUUCCUACCAUUGGGUUUAAUGUGGAGACGGUUGAGUACAAAAACAUCAGCUUCACCGUCUGGGAUGUCGGGGGUCAGGACAAGAUCCGUCCCUUGUGGAGGCAUUACUUCCAAAACACACAAGGUCUGAUAUUCGUGGUUGAUAGCAAUGACAGAGACCGUGUUGUUGAAGCCAGAGAUGAACUUCACAGGAUGUUGAAUGAAGAUGAGCUACGGGAUGCAGUAUUGCUUGUGUUUGCCAACAAGCAAGAUCUUCCAAACGCAAUGAAUGCUGCUGAGAUAACUGAUAAGCUUGGCCUUCACUCACUCCGGCAACGCCACUGGUACAUACAAAGCACAUGCGCAACUAGCGGUGAAGGGCUCUAUGAAGGUCUGGAUUGGCUUUCCAACAACAUUGCUAACAAAGCUUGAGGUUAUCUCGACCAGAGAGUUUUGGUGUUGGGAUUGAAAGCUUCUUCUCCGGAGUCAACUUGAUUUCUUGUGGUUUAAGACCUGAUUUAUUUGUUUCAUGUUGAACUGUCACCAUUUCUCCUUUUUGCUUACUCUUCUUGGAUGUUUGAAUUCUUCUAGGCUCUAAAAGACAUCUUUUUUUAAUGAGUAAAAAAUUCAUAUCUUU